CUGAAGCAACCCGUAAACGUGAUCGUCAACCAAAGUGGCCCAAGUUGGAUGAAGCCAUGCAUAUCUGGGUAGAAAGCGCUCUCAUAGCAAAUAUGGAUUUAAAUCAAGAAGCCCUAAUUAUCAAAGCCAAAACCUUCGCCACAGCCCUAAACAUUACUAAUUUUAAAAGUACUGGUUGGGUUAAUGGUUUUCAAGAACGAUUUGGUCUCAGUCAGUAUAAUAGAAAUGGCGAGGCCCUAAGUUCCCCACCAGUUGAAUCCCUGAAUGAACACAGAGAGCGUUUUCAAGCAAUAUGUGAAGAGUAUACACUUAACAAUAUUUGGAAUGCAGAUGAAACGUCCCUUUAUUAG